GAACAGCAGGCUCACACUGUGCUUACUACAGAUGUCUGAAUGAGUGAGUGCCUGUGGGCUGGAGCUGCAUGUCUUGUGGCUUUCACUCUGCUCCAUUGGGAAGUCUUCACUCCUUUUGUUUUUAUCCUUUUCCAGCUCCAGUACUUUGGAGCACACAGCUCCCAUCCCCUGACCUAACAGCUCCAUUGAAGUGCAUUCCAGCCCCAUGAUUUCAUGGUACCAGGCAGAAGUCCCCUGCCACGCUGCUAUGCUGCCCGCUGCUUCUCACGGAGUGAACAAACAGGGAACAUAAACUCUCUCCAAAGGAGCAAUGUUCUCUGUAUAUUUUUAGUGCAAGAAAUCCAAGAUUCAUUUGAGAGUGUUUUGUGUGGGCUUUUUUUAAUAUAGACUUCUGCUAACACAAUGGAAUAUUUCAUGCCACCCUGUUUGCUGUAACUUCUCAUGCUUUAUGUUGUUAAAUGGAAUCAAAGGAGUUAAAGAUGAAAGACUUCUAGUCAACUGGUCCCUCAGCUGGGAGCCAGUAUGGGUUUGUUCUUUGUAAUGGAUUUGCUAAUGCUUUACUCAGGUUCAGCCUAGCUCAGUUUUCAUUAUUGGAUUUACUUAUUUCUGUGAAUUCUCUACUUCAGGUUAAGUAAUUGCUGAGCUUAGACUGAAUAUAAUACUGCUACUGUUUGUUUCUAACGUUUCACUUGCUAUUUAUUGCCCUUAUACUCAACAAACCUUUUAUAAGUAUUUGUUUACCAUUUGAACAUACAAAGCACCAUUAAAGAUGUCAAGCUUGCCUUCACAGGUAUUCUCUUUAAUGGAUAGAAAACUUGGUUCUUUCUUUAUAUGAAACUUUGUCCAUUUGACAUUGUACAUUGUGUGUUUUCUUUUCAACAUGUAGUGUGUCACCAGAUGCUAACUUACAUAGUAUUACAACAAACCUACCUUUCAUUAGCUCAUUGUUAGCCUUUGAAUCUUUGGAGUUAGUACAGUAUUAGAAUAUGCAGUUUAUGCUGAGACACUGAUGUCUUGUACUUUCUUGGUGAAAGACCUUCUCAAACUGCCUGUUUAAAUGUCACUAUUGCAUUUUUAUGUAUUGAGUGUAUUAUAUUCACAUUAGGGGACACAGUUUUGCCAAUACAUCCAAUAUGUUCAUAGUAACAUUAUCUACAGACUGGACGGUGAUCUGAGAAGUUGAAAAGGCAGAUAACGAACAUGUUAUGGGAAACAUGGGAAGCAAGGACUGCAGCUGCAAUAGAUCAGAGUCUGCCCAACUUGGGGACCAGCAAAGUUUCUAGACAGACCUGUUCUUCUCAGGGUGUCAGCACUUUUUGGGUCAAGGUAUUGGCACAUGAGCUGACCUGUGCUGACUGCACAGAAAUUCCUAUGCCUUGGUAUAACACAAAGUUAUCCCAGAGCUGCUCCUGCACUGAAGUAGCACCAGCUUCAGGGUCCCAGGGAAAAGUAACAUCAGGAGACAUGUCAGGUGAUGCUGUCUUUUACUAGACUGAAGUUGGAAGAUGUGCAAGUUUCUGCACUAUGCUUUAACUUGGUCAUCCUAACAUACUUUAAUUGAUGUGGGUCCUUAGUGGAUUUUUGGCACAUGAUAAAGUUCUUAGCUUUUAUAACUGUGCAGGUAGAAAACAAAUUUUAUAUGAAGUCACUGGAGUUAAGGCAGUAAUAGCUUAAUUAGAAAUUAGUUUGAAGUAUGGUUCAUGAAGAGUGUUGUUAAACAGGCAUUUAAAUGGGUAUCAGAAAGCAAGCCCAUGUACCACCAAGUAGUGUGGGGAGAAGUAAUGGGAAGGAGUAUCAGGAUUUGAGCUUAGUGAGGGGAGACAUAGACAUGAAAAAGGGUUAUGUGCUCUGAUAAACUGUUCUGGGAUCCCAGAAGGGGUAGAACACCAUGUUAGUGGUCAACUAUUUCCUUCCUGACUUUUUAUUGUCUUGGUUAAGAAACAUAGGAAGCAAAAGACAAAUGUUAUGCCUGUUAAGUACCUGUUGCAUUGCCUAGCAGCUGCUCUAGGCCUGUAGUAAUAGAAGUACAGCUCUGAAGUCCAGCAAAUCCCAGGUUUCUAUAUGACUUCAUCUAAUUUCUACACAUUGGAAUGUUGAAUGCCUCUUUCUCUAGGAGAACACCUGGCCCUUCUUGUUGUUAACAGGAAUCUGGCUGUGGUCCUGGUCCAGGUAGUGGGAGAACAUGGCAGUGGAUCGUAUUUUCUCUGGUAUCCAGCCAACUGGGACCCCUCAUCUGGGUAACUACCUUGGAGCCAUUCAGAACUGGGUGAAUCUGCAGGAAAAGUGCAGCUCAGUGCUCUAUAGCAUUAUGGACAUGCACUCUCUCACCAUGCCCAAGGAGCCAGCUGUCCUGCGCCAGAACAUCCUGGACACCACUGCUGCCAUCCUUGCCUGUGGGAUUGACCCAAAGAAGUGUUUCCUGUUUAGGCAGUCACUGGUUCCUGAGCAUGCAGAACUUGCCUGGAUUCUUGGGUGCAUAACUAAUGUGCCACGUCUGCUACGUUUGCCUCAGUGGAAGAUGAAGCGUGCCAGCCAGAAUAGCGAAGGAACUGUUGGUUUGUUGACUUACCCUGUGCUUCAAGCAGCAGAUAUUUUGCUGUACAAGUCAACACGUGUUCCUGUUGGAGAAGAUCAAGUCCUGCACCUGGAGCUAGCCCAAGAUAUAGCACAACAUUUCAACAAGAAAUAUGGAGAAUUCUUUCCUGUGCCCAAAGCCAUUUUAAGUACAACAAAGAAAAUAAAAUCCCUCAGAGAUCCAUCAGUGAAGAUGUCCAAGUCAGACCCACAGAAGUUGGCUACUAUUAACAUAGCAGACAGCCCUGAUGAAAUUGUGCUGAAAUUUCGCAAAGCUGUGACUGACUUUACCUCGGAGGUGACCUACGACCCCGCCGCUCGCCCCGGUGUCUCCAAUCUGGUGUCCAUUCAUGCUGCAGUAACAGGGCUUAGCAUCAAAGAAGUGGUGCACCAAGCCACAGGUCUCGACACUGCUCACUACAAAAUGGUGGUAGCUGAGUCAGUUAUCCAAAAAUUUGCACCUAUCAGGAAUGAAAUCAAGAAACUCCAGGAAGACAAGUCCCAUCUGAUAAAGGUUUUAGAGGAUGGAGCAGAGAAAGCCAAAGAACUGGCUGUUCCUGUCUAUCAAGAAAUAAGGAGACUGGUGGGAUUUCAAUAGAAGCUGCUGAGAAGUUGCAAGGACUUUUGUAUCAUGGGACAGAGAUUUGUUAUUUGUAAUAAAAUCAUUUAUUAAUUAUUAAUCAUUUUGGUUUGAAACAAAAACUUUUUUUUUCCUGGAAGAUCCAAGGAGUACGUUGAAUAUGAUUGCAUUAAAAUGUGCAUGAAGCCAGGUAUUUCCAGUGGGACCAGCAUUAAGUUUAUCUGGAUAGUCAGAGGGAGGACAGAAGCAAUCACAAUUCACAAAGAAAUUGUGCAAAAGCAGAUUAUAAGGUUGCCUAUGUGGGUUUUUGGAUUUUUUCACUGCAAGAAGAUGAAAUGUAGGCAAGGUGAUCAGAAUCUAGCAGAAAGAUUUGUAAUCCUCUAAAGAAUGUACUUAUCUGUGUAUGUGAUCUUGUUACACUUGGACAGUUUAUCCUAUUGGGGAUUAUUCAGCUUUGAUAUGGUGAUUCAACAUGCUUUUGGAUAACCAGAAUAAAAGCAAAUAUUUAAAAAUAAAUGCUCAGGAUGAUGAAGAGAGAA